UCGCAUUCUGCAAAAGUUCCUGGCGCAUCCUGCCGCCUCCAACUCUCGACUCUCGCCAUCGUCUGUUGAGUCCCUUUGAGCCACCUCAAUCAACACCAGAAUCACGUCCCCAUCUGAUUCUGGUCGGAAAGGCUUUACGGAGGUUCCUGCUUGCGCACUGCUGUGACCUGUGCGUGUCGAGGUCCCGUCACAGACUGACCCGCGUAAACUGCAGGCAGAAACCUGAACACCUUUCAAAACCGAGCAGCUUGUUCUGCGCAGCGACCCGGGCAACGACGACAGCAACGGGAGAAGGAGCAUCGCGUCUCAUCGUGACAUACCUCUGCUCCGCACGAAAUCAAUCGCCCUCGAAGCAAAUCUUCGUGCCUGUUAGAUCAGACAAACCCGCAUCCAACUUGCGGUGCUGCAACCUGCCAUUCCCGACAAGCCUGGUCUUUCCCCAGAGGCCAUAGCCUUUCACACACGUCAAGAUGGGUAUCCCCGCGGCCUUUCGGUGGCUUUCCACCAAAUACCCCAAGAUCAUAUCCCCCGUCAUCGAGGACCAGCCUGUGACUAUGGAUGAUGGCACCGUCAUUCCAGUCGAUCACACCCAACCCAACCCAAAUGGUGAAGAAUUCGACAAUCUUUACUUGGACAUGAAUGGUAUCGUCCAUCCCUGCUCACAUCCAGAGGACAGGCCCCCUCCAAAGGAUGAGGAGGAAAUGAUGGUCGAGGUCUUCAAGUACACCGACCGAGUGGUCAACAUGGUAAGGCCGCGCAAGCUGCUUAUGAUUGCUGUCGAUGGUGUUGCCCCUCGUGCCAAAAUGAAUCAGCAGCGCUCCCGUCGUUUCCGUGCCGCCCAGGAGGCCAAGGAAAAGGCAGAAGAAAAGGAGCAACUGCUCACCCUCCUGAAGCGACAGAACGGUGGCACCCACCCUGCCGAGUCCACCGAAGAAGUGGUCAAGAAAGCUUUUGACUCAAAUUCCAUCACACCCGGAACACCAUUCAUGAAGAUACUGGCAGCCAGUUUGAGGUACUGGUGUAGUUACAAAUUGAAUACCGAUCCAGCAUGGGCGAAUAUCAAAGUCAUCAUCUCAGACGCGACUGUCCCUGGAGAAGGCGAACACAAGAUCAUGAACUUUGUUCGCUCCCAGCGGGCUUCGCCCGAACAUGACCCCAACACCCGCCAUGUCAUCUAUGGCCUAGAUGCCGAUCUUAUCAUGCUUGGUCUUGCCACCCAUGAGCCUCAUUUCCGAGUGCUACGUGAGGACGUCUUCGCGCAGGACAGCAGGGCCAAAAUGUGUAAGUUAUGUGGGCAAAAGGGCCAUGAUGCUCAUAACUGCAGAGGAGAGCAGAAGGAUAAGGAUACCGAUUUUGACGGCAAGGACAAUGCUCAUCCGUUGAAGCCUUUCAUCUGGCUCCACGUCUCUAUACUUCGCGAGUAUCUCGCUGUCGAGCUUGAUGUGCCCAACCUUCCCUUCCGUUGGGACAUCGAGCGCGCUAUCGAUGACUGGGUGUUCAUGUGCUUCUUUGUUGGAAACGAUUUCCUGCCCCAUCUCCCUGCCCUUGAGAUCCGGGAGAACGGAAUCGAUACACUCACUGCCAUAUGGAAAGAUAACUUGCCCCACAUGGGAGGUUAUUUGACGAAAGAUGGACAUUGCGACUUGGAGAGGGCCCAACUCAUCCUGGCUGGACUUGCCAAACAAGAGGAUGCUAUCUUCCGCCGCAGGAAGGAGACAGAAGACCGACGCGAGGCCGGCUUCAAAAGGCGCAAGGCCGCCGAGCAAGCUAGAGAAGCUCGCGCCAAUGGGCGCUACAACUCGGGGCCUCAGGGCAGGAACAAGCAUCAGAAACUUGACAACAUGGUGCCCGGGAUUGCCCCCGAUGCGGCUUUCGUUCCAAUCUCAAGCUUGCCUGGCCCUCUGUCCAAACCAAACAGUGCAAUCACACACGACAUGAUUGUUAACAAGAGCUCUUUGCAGAAUGCAAACACUGCCAACAAGAGCGCUGCCAGCGUUCUCAAGAGUCAGAUUCGGGGUCUCGCGAAUAAGUCUGAUGAUUCCAAGGAAGAGGCGAAGGAAGAGACGGCGAAGGAUAACGAGACUUCCCAAGCUCAGGAAACACCGCCUUCAGCUGCACGCAAGCGCAAAGCAGAGCUUAUUGAGCAGGAAGAGCCCGGCACCCCGAGUACUGAUAGUCCUGACGCUGUUACACCGUCCGCCACAACGGAUGACGACGGACCUGUCGACACAGUGAGACUCUGGGAGGACGGUUACGCCGACAGGUACUACGAACAGAAAUUCCACGUGGAUCGUAACGACGUUGAGUUCCGUCACGAGGUCGGGCGUGCAUAUGUGGAAGGCCUCGCAUGGGUGUUGAUGUACUACUUCCAAGGCUGUCCGUCUUGGGACUGGUACUAUCCUUACCAUUAUGCGCCGUUCGCCCAAGACUUUGUGGACUUACACAAGGUUGAAAUCAAGUUUGAGAAAGGAAGGAUUUCCAAGCCGUACGAACAGCUCAUGAGCGUUCUUCCCGCGGCAUCUAGGCACGCCAUUCCCGAAGUUUUCCAUGACCUCAUGACAGAAGCGGACAGCGAGAUCAUCGAUUUCUAUCCCGAAGAUUUCGAGGUCGACUUGAACGGAAAGAAGAUGGCAUGGCAGGGUGUUGCCCUUUUGCCGUUCAUUGAUAUGCCGCGGCUCCUCGAGGCCAUGGCAAAGAAAUACCCGCUGUUGAGUGAGGAUGCUUUGGCACGGAAUGAGCCUGGUCAAGACGUUCUCAUCAUUUCAGAUGCGCACGCAGGCUUGUACGACGAUAUCAUCACUCAUUUCUACUCCAAGAAGCAAGGCGCGCCCAAAUACCAGCUCGACCCGAGGAUCAGUGAUGGUCUAGCUGGUGAGGUCACAAAGUUCGAGGAUUACCUCCCUCACGGUGCUCUGACGUAUCCACUUGAGAGAAAGUCAAUGCCUGACCUUGACUAUGACCGUUCUUUGAGCGUCCAAUAUGAAAUGCCAAGCAGCUCACAUACCCACAAGUCCAUGCUGCUUCGUGGCGUCAAGCUACCGACACCGGCCCUCGACCGGAAUGAUAUGGAUGAGAUCCGGUCGAAGGGACGCCGAGCAGGCAGAAGCUAUGGCGGCGCACCUCUGGGACGUCAGAACUAUCAGAAUGGCCGCACCGAGCCGAUAAACUACGGUCCUGGACGCGGCGGCUACCAGGGCGGUCGUGGUCGUGGGGGUUCAGGAGGAGGCUAUGGUGGACGAGACAACUAUCCCCCGCCCAGAAACGGUGGUGGCUAUCCAGCCCCACCCGCAAACUGGGUACCACCUCCCCCUGGAACAGCGGGCUUUGGUAGCGGGUUGCCGCCACCACCACCACCCGCUCAUUUCGGCAAUGGCGGUGGAUACGGUGGAUACGGAGGCGGGUACAACCAGGGCUAUAGUAAUGGAGGCGGAUAUGGCGCACCCCCAGGACAGCACUACGGAGGCGGUGGUGGAGGAGGAGGAGGAGGACAACAGAGCUAUCAAGGCCAGGGAUACCAAGGCCAGGGAUACCAAGGCCAGGGACACCAAGGUCAGGGAUACCAGCAACCACCUUAUUCUGGCCGUGAUGACCGCCGACAAGGAGGUUAUGGAGGGGAUCGAGGCUACGAUCGUGGUUACGGUGGCAAUGGUCGUGGCUAUCGUCGCUAGAUCCGGGUUUAUACUCACAGUUCCCAUGCCUACUGUGUGUAAAUACGAUCCCACAGAGGCGCCAAAUUGAAAUGUACUGCGAACUCAUGACGCUGUGUACCUCUGGCGGAGAAAAGUUGUAUUUCAUGUUCACUGUAUUUGAGAAAUGUCGACCCUUGGCCUUGUGGUCUUUCCGGGAGGCUUGCCUUAUUCUGAUGUUGAGGUCAAGGCGUGAUCAUCACCGUUAUACGGUCUCUGACAUGAAGCCAGCUUAGGCUUCUUUGUCAGGAAGUGUGGCCUCGACAUUUUCGCUGCUUGUUAUUAUGAGGACUGCGACCAGGCAAUCCGCGCAGACUGUUUUUCUGAGUGAUCGAUUUAU